CACAACAACGAGAAAGAUGACAUCAACACAGACAACAGCAUCUUCAUCUUCGGCUGCAGGACCAGGAUUAGUGAUUGAUUCACGGCCAAAGGAAUCUUACACUCAGGUAACGUGCCCUUAUCCUAAUUGCAAGGCGAUCAUUGAAUAUGCGCAACCUUCAACUACCACUCUGGCAGGAUUGCCAAUUACAGAAACAUCAUUUAGAGUAACAUGCUGUAAAUGUAAACAGAGGUUUGAACCACCAGGAGCACCUAGACUGAUACGUGAGGCAAGACAAAAUGGCGGAAAAGAGAAACCAAAGGUGAACAAAAGACGAAUUGGAACGGACGAUAGACCGUUGGAUAUGACAUAUUAUGAUGUGUUAGGGCUACCAGCAACAGCUACACAGGAAGAGAUCAAAAAGGCAUACAGAAAGCUGGCAAUCAAGUUACAUCCUGACAAAAAUCCAAACGAUCCUGAAGGAGAAGAAAGAUUCAAAACAUUAGCGACUGCUUAUCAAGUUUUAUCCGAUCCCGAAUUACGACACAAAUACAACGAAUUCGGAGCGCAAACGCCUGGCUUGGUGCCGGAAGAUGGAUUCGUUGAUCCUGAGGAAGUGUUUGGAUCGCUUUUCGGCGGAAAGAGAUUCCAAGAUAUUAUCGGUACGAUUAGUAUUGGUAAAGAUAUGAAAGAGGCACUUCAGCAAGAUUCAGAAGACUUGGAACGUGCUGCGAAUAAUGAGGAACAACAAGCGCAAAACGGAAAGACUGAUGAUUCUUCUCUAGCUCACACGAAUGGCGACUCAAAAGGCGAAGGAAAGACUGUUGGCAAGAAAGAUGCAGGUUUAACGCCCGAACAAAAAGCUGCCAAAGAAGAACGUGAACGUAAACGAGAUGAAGAACGUGCACGUCAACGGGAAGAAAGAGUAGGAAAGUUGGCCGAAAAUUUGAUUCGAAAAGUGAGCGUGUAUACGGAAAGUGUAAGAAAUGCAAAUGAUGCCGAUUUAGAACGUCAAGUUGCACAAAGUUUCCGAGAAAUCACACGAAUUGAAGCAGAGGAACUCAAGCAGGAGAGCUAUGGAGUUGAAUUAUUGCACGCUGUUGGAUUUGUGUAUGUUGCCAAAUCAAAGCAUUAUUUGGCAUCAACGGGUAUUCUGUGGGGAAUCGGAGGAGUGUUCCAUUCGGCAGCAUCUUCCUACCACGUCGUUCGCGAGACAGUGAGCACGGUACGAGCAGCAUUGGAGCUCAAGCAAGUGUUUGAGGAACUUGCUGUCGCUGAAGAGAAGGGAAUCACAGAAGAACGCAAGAAGCAAUUAGAAGAAGCAGCAGCUCAAAAAGGAAUGAGAGCAUUAUUCAAAGGUGCUAAAUUGGAAGUGGAAUCGAUCAUUCGUGAAGUUGCAGAAAGAGUUCUUUAUGAUCAAAAUGUUAGCAAAGAAACACAAAGAUUACGUGCAACAGCUCUUGGAAUCGUUGGGGAAGUUUAUGCAAGCGUCAAAGCAGAUACGAAAAAUUUAGAUGAUGAAAGUUAUGUCAAAAUAGACCCUUGAUUAGGCAUGUAUGUAUGUUUACAGGGAUGAUGUGUCUAAUUGAUUAAUUUGUACUUUUACCUAGCAGUAAUCUUUUGAGAUAUUGAACCGUUCAAAUGUGAGAUU